AUGCUCGUGCUUCCAGAAGACCAACUCAACCAACUUCUCCUAAACCUGGACCAAACACAAUGCGAGACAAUCCUCCAAACCCUUUCAGACGCCCUGGCUACAUGCUCCGCGCAAGCAAAAUCUAUUGAUCAAAACCAACAACAACAAAUCCACCAGCCGCUGCGCAGCAGCAUCGUGACCAACCAUGGCGACACGACGCUGUUCAUGCCUGUCUCCGACACUCUAUCCACAGGCAUAAAAGUCGUUGCAGUCCCGCACAACGGACCUAUUCGCGGGGUAAUUAAUGUGCUCUCAGCACAAGGCGCCUUAUUGGGCGUGAUUAGCGCUGCGGAAGUUACCGCUUUUCGCACGGCGUUGGCGACAAUGACGCUGUUUAGUCGAUGCAAAGGACUUUUCUCUAAAUCAAGGGUAAUAGUUUUUGGCGCAGGGCGGCAGGCUGAGUGGCAUGCUCGUCUAGCCCUGUUACUGAGCGCAACAGAGAUUGAGGCGAUCACGUUCAUUAACCGUGGGCAAGAUCGUCUCGACCAGAUGAUGGCCGGCUUGCUUCCAGAUCUGAAACAGCGUUACCCAAAUCUCAAGGUCAAUGCGUAUGCGAAAUCUUCAUUGGCCCCAGGGGAGUAUGUGUCUCGGCUCAAUUCGGAUUUGGCUGAGAGUAGUGUCUUGUUUUGCUGCACCCCUUCCACGGAACCGCUGUUUGCGUAUGACACUAUUGCUGCCAACAAUAGGCGCCGGUUCAUUUCCAUGAUUGGCUCGUAUAAGCCACAUAUGCAAGAGAUUGACAAGCAGACACUACUUUCUGGUACCGAGGGGAGGAUCUAUGUAGACUCAAAACACGCAUGUCUCAAAGAGGCCGGAGAGCUGAUCAUGGCUGGUGUUCAAGAAUCUCAGCUCGUGGAAGCCGGAGAUGUUUUUGGUCAAGACCCAAACUUGGUGGUAGAAAAGGGCCCCGGGGCUGGGAAUAUAGUGUUCAAGUGCGUGGGUAUGGGUAUUAUGGAUUUGGUUGUAGCAAAGACGUUGCUCGACAUGGGUGCUGAAAAGGGACUCGGGACAAAAGUUGACUUUUGA